CUAGGGAGCCAGCCCCGUGAACAUGGGUGUUUUCAGUUGCACGUGCAUUUGAAACUUAAUGGGUUUUAUACACACACACACACACACACAUACAUGCAGGCUUUCACAGGGUAGACAGAGGUGCAUUAGGAAAAGAUCCUUUUCCAAGUGUGUGUGCAUUUAUUUUUCUCUUCUCUUCCCCCCUCCCCCCCCCCUUUUUUUUCCCCUAUUUGCUUGUGGUUUUCAGUGGCAAGAACAGCAAGGAAAAGGAAGACUUCCCCAGAGCCGGAAGGAGAGGUCGGCCCCCCGAAGAUCAACGGGGAGGCCCAGCCGUGGCUGUCCACGUCCACGGAAGGGCUCAAGAUCCCCCUGAACCCGACACCCGCGUUUGUGUCUCCGCCGCCGCCCACAGCCUCGCCCCAUUCCAACCGGACCACCACGCCGCCCGAAGCUGCCCAGAACGGCCAGUCCCCCAUGGCAGCCCUGAUCCUAGUAGCAGACAAUGCGGGGGGCAGCCACGCCUCCAAAGAUGCCAACCCGGUGCACUCCACCACCAGGAGGAACAGCAGCAGCCCGCCCUCUCCGUCCUCUAUGAACCAAAGAAGGCUGGGCCCCAGGGAGGUGGGGGGCCAGGGGGCCGGCGGCACCGGAGGACUGGAGCCCGUGCACCCCGCCAGCCUCCCGGACUCCUCCCUGGCGGCCAGCGCCCCCCUGUGCUGCACCCUCUGCCACGAGCGCCUGGAGGACACCCACUUCGUGCAGUGCCCGUCGGUCCCUUCCCACAAGUUCUGCUUCCCUUGCUCCAGACAGAGCAUCAAGCAGCAGGGGGCCAGCGGGGAGGUCUACUGCCCCAGCGGGGAGAAGUGCCCCCUGGUGGGCUCCAACGUCCCCUGGGCCUUCAUGCAAGGGGAGAUCGCCACCAUCCUGGCCGGAGACGUGAAAGUGAAAAAAGAGAGAGACUCGUGACUUCCCGGUUUCGGAAAAACCCGAUGGCUACCCUUCACGAAAACUGCUUGAACUGUAUAUAUAUAAUCUCCAUAUAUAUAUUAUAUAUAUAUAUAUCCAAGACAAGGGAAAUGUAGACUUCAUAAACAUGGCUGUAUAAUUUUGAUGAUUUUUUUUUUGAAUACAUUGUGUUUCUAUAUAUAUAUUUUUUUUGACGACAAAAGGUAUGUACUUAUCAAGGCAUUUUUCUUCUUUUGUUAACGUUAUUAGCCUAUCUCUGUGCUUCAUUAUCUUGGUGACAGUGACCGGUUCCAUGUAGGCUGUGACUUGCGCUGCUUUUUUAGAGCACUUGGCAAACCCCCCGAACUGCUUCUAGCUGUAUUUGUAAUGCACUUAUUUUAAAAAGAAGAAAAAAAAAAGCCAAAUACAUUUUCUGACGUUGUAAGAUUGCCUUACUGUCCGUUAUUCCUUGUGGCUGGCUCCUGUCGCAGGCCGGAGGCCAACUGGUGGAGAAGGAGAGGAAGUGAGUUGGCAGGGGCGCCCUUGUGAAGUGGGCACGCCACUGGGCAACCUCACCAAGCUGACCCCCAAAACACUGUCCCCUGAAAGGAACGGGAAGAGAGGUUUUGAGUCCGUCUUUGUUUUGUUUUUCAAGUUCAGUUGUUGGGACGUGGAGGACUGCCUGGGAGUAGCUGCUGAGAGAAUUUGGGGGACGGUGUGGUUUUGAGGGAGACUUUCUCUUGAUUUUUUAAGGCAAAGUUGACCACUGCUCACCGCCCACGCAAUCAGUUGUAAGAUCCUAAUGCUGCAUGCUAGUCGGUUACAUAAUCCACAGUCGGGUGACGGAGGGUGGUGACGGUGGUGUGCAGAUGGCACUGCCAUCUUUGACCGGGGGCCUGGUUCUGCCCGGAGCUCUGUUGUAAACACCCCGAGCUCUGUUAUUGCCAGCGCCUUGGCCUUUGGAAAGAGUUGCAAUAGGAACUCCAGUCCCCGUGAACUUGGAGACGGUGGGGUUGCUUUCGUUUCUGUUUCGUGUUUUGUUUUGUUUUUAUCAUUGACCUGUAGCGCUGUGGCUGUGGCUAGCGUCACCUACACCCUGUCUCUUGCAAGUGCUGAGUGCAGUCAUGGUACAAUGACAGCCGCUGCACCAGGGUGCUGGUUGCCAGGACUGCCAGGGGCCGUGUCAGUGACAGCCCAGCUGGGGGUGGAGGACACUCAUUUCCUCUUACCUGUAGAGUGAAUAAUAACAGUUCUUUGGGGGGG